CUCACUCACGCACACCACUCAGUUUAAGACUGUCACGACUGUCAUUUGUCGAUCGAAACAAAAAUCUGAAAACUGUAGAUUACAUAAGUGAAUUUAAAUUUGGAACAGAUUUGGAAUCAAAAUGGGAAAGCACUUUGGGGAACUAGCAAAGAUUAGAGGCUUAAUUACCUAUAAAUUAUCGCAUCAUGAGCAACGUGCUUACGCAGGAGCUAUUUCUAAUGGCAUACCAAAUAUUUUCCGUAGAUUCCGUGAAAGCGUAUUCAGAGUCGCCCCACCCUUCAUAAUUGCAUACCUAGUAUAUGAAGGAGUAGAAAGGGAACACACUAGACUUGGCCGUAAAAAUCCUGCUGAUUUUGAAAAUGAUCAAUAAAUCAAAUAAGAUGACUGUAGUAUAUUUAAUUUAAUAAAAUUAUUAUUAUUAUCAAGUA